AUGUAUUGCCCGGGAGUUAAAUCUUGGAGCGAUUGGUGGUCUCGUGAUCAUAUCUUAAAUUUACUACUCGGAACUAGUUCUGUAGAGAACAACUUACCAAGAAAUACUAAUGUGCAAGAGGUAUUGAAUGCUACUGUUGUUCCAACUCACAACGGAAAUGCUUCUAUUGAGACCACUAUGAUGAUUCGAGAAGAUUUUUUGGCAGUCAACAGAUUUUUCUGUUUGAAGGAAGGUAUUUUGUUGUCCUAUAAAGACACAAGUAAGGAAGGUAGAAAUAAGCGUAAGAAGCAAAAGAAGGAUGUAUAUGAUUCUAGACCUGCAGACACAACAGCAAGAGGCUUGAAAUCAACAACUACUUCACUUGAAGCUGUCCAAAACUUUGUAUCUAACAUUCAAAACGAAGAAAGACAGCAGGUGGCUACUUAUUUGGAAGGAUCUUAUGAUGAGGACGAGGACGAGGAUUAUGAAGAAGGAGAUGAUGAUGAUAAUGAUGGACAAGAUGAGGAUUUUGAUGAAGACGAGGAUCUUGAAGAAGACUUACUUGAUGAUGCGGGGAAUAACCAAGAGGAAAAAGAGAAAGUCAACUCAACAAAUAGCAGCCAGCACAACUUACCUCAUACUGCAACACAAAUUCAGCCAAGCAAAAUAUCAGAUUCUCUGACAACACCAUCCAACAGUGUACUUGCAUCUGAAACACCUAAGAAGCCACGUACUAAACGCAACGGAAGUACCAAGAGAAAACGAGUCAUCGAGGACUCAUCGGACAGUCACUCUGAGUCAGAGCCAGAGAACAAUGUUCCUCCUUCACCAGCAUCUGGAAGAUUGAGACGGGGCGCGUUAAACCAAUUCAAUAACCGCUCGUUGAGCAAGCAGUUCAAAGAAGCAUGUAAUUACGGACGUAAAUCAGCGUCGUUUUGA